GCGAUCAUCUGUCGUCUUGAUGUCGGUCGGGGUUUUCAAUAAAAUUUUGUUCUAAUUAUGUUGUAAACUUUUUAUUUUAAACCAAAUGUCGUUAUAACAUUAGGAUAGAACCUGACGGUUCGUUGUAGCGCCAGUCCUCGUCUCAAGCACCAGAUAUGGAGCUGAGAGUGGGCAACAAAUACAGACUCGGAAGAAAAAUAGGCAGUGGUUCAUUUGGAGACAUAUAUUUAGGAACCAAUAUUACUACGGGUGAGGAAGUUGCAAUCAAGUUAGAAUGUAUCAAGACCAGGCAUCCACAACUCCACAUAGAAUCAAAAUUCUACAAAAUGAUGCAGGGUGGAGUCGGCAUUCCCACUAUAAAGUGGUGCGGCUCGGAAGGUGACUACAAUGUGUUGGUGAUGGAACUGCUUGGCCCGUCACUUGAGGAUUUGUUCAACUUCUGCUCACGUCGUUUCUCCCUCAAGACCGUGUUGCUUCUAGCGGACCAACUGAUAAGUCGGAUAGACUAUAUCCACAGUCGCAACUUUAUCCAUCGGGACAUCAAGCCUGAUAACUUCCUCAUGGGCCUCGGCAAGAAGGGCAACCUGGUGUACAUAAUAGAUUUUGGACUGGCCAAGAAGUACCGGGACGGACGCACGCACCAACACAUCCCUUACCGGGAGAACAAAAACUUGACGGGGACUGCGCGAUACGCGAGCAUCAACACUCAUCUAGGCAUUGAGCAAAGCCGGAGAGAUGACUUGGAGUCGUUAGGCUACGUGUUGAUGUACUUCAACCGUGGCUCUUUGCCGUGGCAGGGGCUAAAGGCAGCCACCAAGAGGCAGAAGUACGAGCGAAUCUCUGAGAAGAAGAUGUCCACCCCCAUAGAGGAGCUGUGCAAAGGAUAUCCUGCUGAGUUCCCGACGUAUCUCAACUACUGCCGAACACUGAGGUUUGAGGAGCGGCCCGACUACUCAUACCUGCGUCAGCUGUUUCGCACUCUCUUCCACCGUCAGGGCUUCACCUAUGACUACGUCUUUGAUUGGAACAUGCUCAAGUUUAUGCCAAGAGAAGUUUGGGGAAUGAAAUGUAAAAUAAAAAAAGAAUUAUCUGUGAUGAAGCAGUCUAUGGUGAACAAAUAUGCACUGAAACCUAUGAAAUGGAAGAAAAGACCAAUCAACGAGGUUAUUGACCAAUCUUUCAUCAAGAGCAUUAAAUCCAGAAGUAUCGAUGAAGCAUUGAAGAAAGAGGCUAUAGAUAGGGUGAUAGAGAGGUUGUUAAAGAAGAAGAUGCCAAGUGAGGAUGUUGCAGAAGUAGAUGAAGCACGUGAGGAAAGUCCAGAAGAGGUGUUUGAGGGAUGGUGCUGUGAGGAACUAGACGACAUUCCACAUGCCUUGUCCUAUGGGUGGAACAGUGAGACAGAUUUGUAUUACGAAAAUGUGAAGAAGUUGAAGAAGUUUGUUGAAAGGGGGUCUACUACUACUGUUGGACAAAAGAUGGAGGAAAAUGUCACAGUGUUAAUUAAUGAAGGAACUGAUGAUAAAACUGAAGCUGUAGAAGCAAAUGAAUUUGUGUCACCAACAAAAAGUGCAAAAAUAGGUAACAAUUUUUCAGUUGUAUUUUUAAAUGAAAACACUUCUGAGAUGGAAUUGGUUAUCGGCAAUCUUACAUUCAGUAAUGUAACCUCGUGUUAUAAAAUACAUUGCCUCAUAAAACAUGAUUCCCAGCUCAGUGCGGAAUCUUUGCAGAUCGCAAGGUUUAAAUUAUCUGUAAUGAGCAAUAGUAAGAAAAGUAAUCAGAUAAGUGCUGAAUCUUUCUGUCAAAAAUAUGUAGUCAGUGAAACCAACAAGCACGGUAUGUGUGGUAAGAAUUUUGAGGAGUUGAGUAAGAAUGUUUUUUACUUUGGAGAAUCAACAAGCAAUGACCAUCAUGUUCCGAAAGAUGCAAACAGCAUGAUUAAUGAAGUGGCAGACAAUUCAUUUACAGAUGAAUUUGGCUCUGAAGAGCCCUGUGAACAAUUAACUUUAGAAAAUGCGCAUUGUGAAUCUCAAAACGCUAAGGAAGAAGAAAACCCAGAGUUUGAAUGUUCACAUGGAGAAAGUAUUAACACAGAUGAGUGUAAGAAAAACGUUCUAAAAGAUGCAAACAGCAUGACUAAUGAAGUGGUAGACAAAUCACCUGCUGGUGAAUUUGGCUCUGGAGAACACUUUGACCAAUUAACUACAGAAAAUACACUAUGUGAAUCUCAAAACGCUAUGGAAGAAGAAAACACGGUGGUUGAAUGUUCAGGUGGAGAAAGUAUUGAUGUUCCGAAAGAUGCAAACAUGAUUAAUGAAGUGGUAGACAAAUCUUCUGCAAAUGAAUUUUGUUCUUUAAAACUCUGUGAACACUUAACUAAAGAAAAUAUACAAUCUCAAAACGGCAAGGAAGAGGGAAACACAGAGGUGGAAUGUUCAAGUGGAGAAAGUAUCAACAAAGAUGAUUGUGAGAAAAAUGUUUCUUUUGUGAAAUCCAUCGAGAAUCUUAAUGAAACAAAAAUAAAUAGAUCUAGAGGAGUGAAGCGUCCUUGGGAUGUUAAAAGAGAGAAAAAUGAAGGUUCCUUAAUGAAUGUAAAUUAUGAAAUUAUUCCUCACUUUCAAAGUUUACUUAAAAUGAUAGUCUUAGCAAAGAGCUUUUUUAAUUACUUGUGUACCAAUUGGUCCAAGCAAACAACAGAAUUGAAACAAAAAGGGCUUAGCAAUGAAUACAUUAAAACAAACAGAAUUAGAAGAAAGUCACGAUAUCAGAUAGCAAAUAACAUUCGGUUUAAAAAUAUGUGGAAAAGAAAAUGCAAACAACAGUAACAAACAACCCAUGCCCAGAGACUCAAUUAAAGCUAUGUAAAUAGUUGUAAAAUCGUUCACCAAUAUUGUGAUGACAAGUGUUUUGACUUUUAAUAACAAUAAAAAAACAUAACAUAACCAUUAUUGUUCCAUUAACAUACCUUAAAAAAAUUGUAGAGACAGUUUGUGCUUAGCAAAGAAAAAAAAAUAGCAGUGAUGGAAUUGUAAGACUGAUGCAAAGACUGAUUAACUAGAACAGGUAGUUUCAAUUGUUCAAAUUUUUGAAGUUAAAUUCAAAUUAUUUACUUACUAUUUUUAAGCUAAUUUUUGGUUCCUUCAUGGAUUUUAAAAGUUAUUUUAGUUUGGAAUUUUCUGUGUUUUGUCAAAUGUGUAUUGUUUCAUGAUUUGUCACAUCAGUUGUUUUUAAUUUGUUUACUUCAGAGUUUGUAAAAUUUUAGCUUAAAAUGAUGAUGUUCUUGUUUCAAUUUGAUGUCAAAUAAAGGUACU